GCUCGUUCUAUCGAUAUGUCCAUAGCCUGAAAAUUCCGGUCGUAUCAUCCUUUCUUCAGAAAGUCGUUUUAAUAUUACAUUUUUCGUGAUAUCCUGUAAUUAAUUAAUAAUGACGGAUGGAACGGCGAAUGAUGACUCUAAUGCAUUUAAUUCUAAAUUAGAACCAUGUGAGAAUGUAACAGUAUCCACGGCAGGACCAGUGGUUUUAUAUUCUACGGCUCAAGCUUGGAAAGCCCAGUUUCUUCGCUGCUUUGCACCAUACAGUGUCUCAGAAUCAUCAGAUGAAGAAGAAGAAGAUCUGUCUCAAUAUGAAUUCGAAGAUGACCUCGAAUAUUUAAGAUCGUUGGAUCCAAAGGAAUGGAAAGAUCAAGACCAUUACGCAGUGUUAGGCAUAAGAAAACUUAGGCACAGGGCUACAGAAGAUAUUAUUAAAAGGGCUUAUAAACAGAAGAUAUUGAAACAUCAUCCGGAUAAGCGUAAGGCAUUGGGAGAGGAAAUACGACCAGAUGAUGACUACUUUACUUGCAUUACUCGUGCAUGGGAGACUCUUGGAACGACUGUUAAAAGAAGAAGUUACGACAGCAUAGAUCCUUAUUUUAAUGAUGAUUUGCCAGACGAGAAGGAAUGUAAAAAUAAUUUUUAUGAAAUCAUGGGAAAAGCAUUCAAAGAUAAUGCUAGAUGGUCUACCAAAAAACCAGUUCCACUUUUAGGUGGACCAAACACACCUAGAGAUAAAGUAGAAAAAUUUUAUUCUUUUUGGUACGACUUUGAUUCUUGGCGGGAGUACUCGUAUCUCGACGAAGAAGAUAAAGAAAGUGGACAAGACCGAGAUAUGCGCAAAUGGAUCGAGAAAAAGAAUAAAGCAACGAGAGCAAAACGAAAGAAGGAAGAAAUGGCAAGAAUACGUUCGCUAGUUGAUAUGGCUUAUAACGUAGAUCCAAGAAUAAAGAAAUUUCAACAGGAUGACAAAAAUAAAAAAACAGCUGCAAAGAAGGCAAAGCAAGAAGCUGCAAAAGCUCGACAACUGGAAGAAGAGAGAAUAGCUAGAGAUGCUGCAGAGAAAGAAAGAUUAGAGAGAGAAAAACGUGAAUCUGAGGAACGUGCAAAAAUGGAUGCGUUGAAACAAGAGAGGGAGGCACAGAAAAAAGCACUUAGAAAGGAAAGAAAAGCGUUGCGCGACUUUUGUAAAUCUAAUAAUUACUUUGCUGAAAGUUCAGCCGAAAGUCUUAAGCAUAUGGAAAGUGUAGAAAAAAUAUGCGAAUUGUUUAAACUAAUUCAAUUAGAAGAAGCUAUGAAGAAGCUACAAAGUGAUGGUAGAAACGCAUUCCUCCAUCUGGUAAAAGAAACAGAACAAAAAAUAGAAGCGGAACGUAGAGCUGCUAUAAUAAAUAAUGAUACAAGAAAUACACCAGAAAAACAGGUGAAAGCUCAUACCGCUCCGUGGAAUGAAAAUGAUUUGCAACUUUUAAUAAAGGCUGUCAAUUUAUUUCCUGCUGGUACAAAUCAACGUUGGGAAGUGGUAGCCAAUUUUAUUAAUCAACACAGUACCUCAUCAAGCAGUAUAACGCGGGACGCCAAAGAAGUUUUGGCAAAAGCUAAAGAUUUACAAUCUACCGAUUUUAGCAAGUCGAGUCUUAAGGAAAGAGCUAAUAAAAAUGCUUAUGAUAAUUUUAUCGCAGAGAAAAAAACCAAAGAAGGAAUCGAAGAAAGAAUGCCAGCUGUAACUGAACGUUUGGAUCAUCCUCUUUCCAAUGGAAUAUCUAGCGACGCUAAAGAUGUCAAGAAGGAGUCUCAAGCUUGGACCCCUGUUGAACAGAAACUUCUUGAGCAAGCAUUAAAAACUUAUCCCACAACGGUUCCCGACAGGUGGGAUCAAAUAGCAGGAUGCAUACCAACUAGAACGAAAAAAGAAUGUAUGAGGAGGUAUAAGGAACUCGUGGAACUCGUCAAAGCGAAAAAAGCAGCACAAGUCAUGAAAUAAUAUUAACUCUUCUUAAGAUGAAUUUCUUUGUAACUUAUUCAUUCUUAAUUAUGACCAUUUUUUAUAUCAUUUCCACCAUUUCAUUGUAGGAAUUUCAGUUGAGGAUGAAUGUUAGAUAUUAUUAUUGAAUUCCUGCCAAUGUACAUUACGGUGCCUUGCUUGGACCUACAUACACACGUGUGCGCAGCAUAGAAAUCGUUGUAGUUUUUCAUUGUCUUUUUAAUUUCGUUCAAAUUUAUACUGUUUGUGAGCAUAGAAAAUUCCUAGCACCGUUUAUUUUUAAUCAAACGCAUCGCUAUAUAUAAUUAGAUACUAACGAAUGGAGAAUCUUGAACCUAAGAGGCUCCAAAUUCAUCAUUGAUACAUAGAUUUUUUGUUUGCGUUAACUCGAUUCGAAUAUCGUGUAAGUAAUGUAAAAUACAAAAUAUUUAGAUGAACCGUAGAUGAAAAAGAAAAAGAAGUAAUUACUUUAUAAAUAAAAACUACAUUUUAAAAAGCGCAUCUUACUAAUUGUUGUUCAUCAAAUUUCAUUUGGAAAGGGUUAAUCUGCGAUCAUCCAAACAUAAGAUGUUUGAAAUCCUUAUAUUUUAAUUUGACACAUUUUUUUGACAACAACAUCAAC